AUGAAACCACAAUUAACAACGGAAGAAUAUCUUGCUGAUCGAAAUGUUCGGCGAUAUUUCCUGAUAAAAUUACGAAAAUUUGGUAGUCGGAAAGGUUUGAGUAGCAUCGAGCAAAUUCGAAAUAUCCGCUUGCUAAAAGAUGAAUUCACAGUUGAUGCCGGAUUACUUACACCAACCCUGAAAAUUAUUCGAGUGAAACUUUAUGAUAAAUUUAAGGAUAUCUUAGAUGAAAUGUAUCGUGAAGAAUUAGAUUUAAAUUUAACUUUAAGUUGA